AUGUCUUCCCUCCGGACUCAAGCCCUACGGCACAUUAACCGGUACGCCGUGCGCUCCACAAGAACAUGCAACCAGCGCCGAUGGGCCCAAGUCCACGAUGUUCGAUUCUUAGCUUCGACCUGGCGAGCGCAGUCGACAAUCGACAAGUACCGAGAGAAGCUCGACCAAAAGGCCAAGAACGAGGGGUUCUCGAGCAUCGACGAGCUGAAGACGGCAUACAGCAAGAAAAUUGGCGAGAUACACCGCAAGGACGCCGUGGAAUUCCCCGAAGCCCAGGUCCUGAAGUCCGCCGGCGCCCAAACCAGCACUCCCCCUCCAGCUGCCGUCCCCAAGACUGAGGCCAAACCACGCCAACAACCACCACCUCCCGCCUCUGGGUCACCCGAGAAGAAGGCAGUCAAGGGCCUAGACGACAUCAUCGACCUCGAAAAGUCCCGCGCCCUCCCCGAGAAGGAGCUCACGGCCAUCUGGCGCCUCCGCCACGCCGGCUCCCCCAACAACGUCUGCGCCGUCAUCCCCGCGGCCACGUACCGGGCCAUGGAGGACGCGGCCAGGGCGGCGCCGCAGUUCGUCCUCCCCGUGCCGCACGAGGGCCAGGGCGCCGAGAUCCACUUCCUGCAGUGGACGUUCGAUGCCUCGUCGAGGACGAGCACCGUGCUCUUCACUCAGCUUGCCGAGUUCAAGAACCGCGGGGAGUUUGCGCAGCCGCACACCACCGUGACGCACCACCUCGACCUGGUGGACGACAAGGGGCUCGUGCUGAUGCAGGGCCAGCUGAUGGAGGACAGGGGCGUGACGCCUGAGCAGGUCAAGUGGCUCGUUAUGUGCCUGCAGCGGUUCUACGGCGGGUGGGAGGGCGAUUCGGCCGAGCUGACCGGUGAGAGGAAGAUGCGGGCCGACGAGAGGAAGAGGCUGCUGGACUGGUUCGCCUCGGGGGAUGAGAGGUUUACCGUGGAGAAGCUCCUCGACGAGGCCGAGCGGAUAGGCUGA